CGGGAACGAGAGAGGUGGAGGGAGGCAACGAGGUUGCAAAGGAGAGGCCCGCCAAAUCGGCCCGCCUGCAAAGUGUUGCUUUGACACAUCCUUAUUAUGGAACUUUAGUGAAAAAACUCUGGACGUGGAGCUGCUACCCAGACGGAGACCGGGGGAAAGGAAACCAGUGGGCAGGCCAAUGUUUUUUUUCGGCAGCGCGCUGGCAAGUUUGUGGAACACUUUCUAGGAAUUAGGUCUUUUUCCUCUCCCGUCAUCUUCUUGACUUCUGAAGAACGAACUUGGCUUUGGAUUGCCAUGGAGCCUGAGGAGAGGGGGUUAGACACACUUGAAUAAUCCCUCCGGCUGGGCUGAAUUCGUGGGAAUUUAGGAAGCCACAGUGAGGAAAUACAGCAGCCUUGGGAGUGCUCUCUGUUAAUUUGGAUGGAUCUAAAUGUGCCCCAUUCAAGACCUCUCCACUAACCCCUUCUGAUCUUGCCAUUUGCUCUUCUUGACUUUAAUUAGCAGCUAGAAAAGUCUAAACUUUGGACCUACCUCUUUUUUUGAUACUUAUUUUUGUACUUUUGCUCUCUGGGAUUGGUUUCUUAAACAAUCUGGAUCCUUUUUAAUAUGUCAAAAUGAGUCGGCUGAUGUUUACACAACUACUGCUCUGUGGAUUUUUAUAUGUUCGGGUUGAUGGAUCUCGUCUUCGCCAGGAAGACUUUCCCCCGCGGAUUGUGGAGCACCCUUCCGAUGUCAUUGUCUCCAAGGGAGAGCCCACCACGUUGAACUGUAAGGCCGAGGGCCGGCCAACGCCCACCAUUGAGUGGUACAAGGAUGGUGAGCGGGUGGAGACUGACAAGGAUGAUCCCCGGUCCCACAGGAUGCUUCUGCCCAGCGGAUCCUUAUUCUUCUUGCGCAUUGUGCAUGGGCGCAGAAGUAAACCUGAUGAAGGAAGCUACGUGUGUGUUGCAAGGAACUAUCUUGGCGAAGCAGUGAGUCGAAAUGCAUCUCUGGAAGUGGCAUUGUUACGAGAUGACUUCCGGCAAAAUCCCACAGAUGUUGUAGUGGCAGCCGGAGAGCCUGCAAUCCUGGAGUGCCAACCUCCCCGGGGACACCCAGAACCCACCAUCUACUGGAAAAAAGAUAAAAUUCGAAUUGACGACAAGGAAGAAAGAAUAAGUAUCCGUGGUGGAAAACUAAUGAUCUCCAAUACCAGGAAAAGUGAUGCAGGGAUGUAUACCUGUGUUGGCACCAAUAUGGUGGGAGAAAGAGACAGUGAUCCAGCAGAGCUGACUGUCUUUGAACGACCCGCAUUUCUCAGGAGGCCAAUUAACCAGGUGGUGCUGGAGGAAGAAGCUGUAGAGUUUCGUUGUCAGGUCCAAGGAGAUCCUCAACCAACUGUGCGGUGGAAAAAGGAUGACGCAGACUUGCCAAGAGGAAGGUAUGACAUCAAAGAUGAUUACACACUGAGAAUUAAAAAGGCCAUGAGUACAGAUGAAGGCACAUAUAUGUGUAUUGCUGAGAAUCGGGUUGGAAAAGUGGAAGCUUCUGCUACCCUCACAGUCCGAGCUCGCCCUGUUGCUCCUCCACAGUUUGUGGUUAGGCCAAGAGAUCAGAUUGUUGCUCAAGGUCGUACAGUGACAUUUCCCUGUGAAACUAAAGGAAACCCACAGCCAGCAGUUUUUUGGCAAAAAGAAGGCAGCCAGAACCUGCUUUUCCCAAAUCAACCCCAACAGGCCAACAGCAGAUGUUCUGUGUCGCCAGCCGGGGACCUUACAAUUACCGACACUCAGCGCUCGGACGCGGGUUACUACAUCUGCCAGGCCCUAACCGUGGCAGGAAGCAUUUUAGCAAAAGCUCAGCUGGAAGUUACUGAUGUUUUGACAGAUAGACCUCCACCUAUAAUUCUACAAGGCCCAGCCAACCAAACGCUAGCAGUAGAUGGUACAGCAUUACUGAAAUGUAAAGCUACUGGUGACCCUCUUCCUGUAAUUAGCUGGCUAAAGGAGGGAUUUACUUUUCUGGGUAGAGAUCCAAGAGCAACUAUACAAGAACAAGGAACCUUGCAGAUUAAGAAUUUACGGAUUUCUGAUACUGGCACUUAUACUUGUGUGGCUACAAGUUCAAGUGGGGAGACUUCCUGGAGUGCUGUGCUGGAUGUGACAGAAUCUGGAGCAACAAUCAGUAAAAACUAUGAUUUUAAUGACCUGCCUGGACCACCAUCCAAACCACAGGUCACUGAUGUUACUAAGAACAGUGUCACCUUGUCCUGGCAACCAGGUACCCCUGGAACCCUACCAGCAAGUGCAUAUAUCAUUGAGGCUUUCAGCCAAUCAGUGAGCAAUAGCUGGCAGACAGUGGCAAACCACGUAAAGACCACCCUCUAUACAGUGAGAGGACUGCGGCCCAAUACAAUCUAUUUAUUCAUGGUGAGAGCAAUCAACCCCCAAGGUCUCAGUGACCCAAGUGCUAUGUCAGAUCCUGUGCGCACACAAGAUAUCAGCCCACCAGCACAGGGAGUGGACCAUAGACAAGUCCAGAAAGAACUCGGCGACGUCCUUGUCCAUCUUCAUACUCCAGUUGUAUUGACUCCCACCACUGUUCAAGUCACGUGGACGGUUGAUCGCCAACCCCAGUUUAUUCAAGGCUACCGAGUGAUGUACCGUCAGACUUCAGGCCUGCAGGCUACAUCAACGUGGCAGAAUUUAGAUGCUAAAGUCCCGACUGAGCGAAGUGCUGUCUUAGUCAAUCUGAAAAAGGGGGUGACUUAUGAAAUUAAAGUUAGACCAUAUUUUAAUGAGUUCCAAGGAAUGGACAGUGAAUCUAAAACAGUUCGUACUACUGAAGAAGCCCCAAGUGCCCCUCCACAAUCUGUCACUGUGCUGACUGUCGGAAGCCACAAUAGCACAAGUAUUAGUGUUUCCUGGGAUCCUCCUCCUCCUGAUCAUCAGAAUGGAAUUAUCCAAGAAUACAAGAUCUGGUGUCUGGGGAAUGAAACACGAUUCCACAUCAACAAAACUGUGGAUGCAGCCAUUCGAUCUGUAAUAAUUGGUGGAUUAUUCCCAGGUAUUCAAUACCGGGUAGAGGUUGCAGCUAGUACCAGUGCAGGAGUUGGAGUAAAAAGUGAGCCACAGCCAAUAGUAAUUGGGGGAAGGAAUGAAGUUGUCAUUACUGAAAACAAUAACAGCAUAACUGAGCAAAUCACUGAUGUUGUGAAGCAGCCAGCUUUUAUAGCUGGUAUUGGUGGUGCCUGCUGGGUAAUUCUGAUGGGUUUUAGCAUCUGGUUGUAUUGGCGAAGAAAGAAGAGAAAGGGACUCAGUAAUUAUGCCGUUACAUUUCAAAGAGGAGAUGGAGGACUAAUGAGCAAUGGAAGCCGCCCAGGUCUUCUAAAUGCUGGUGAUCCCAGUUAUCCGUGGCUUGCUGAUUCAUGGCCAGCCACGAGCUUGCCAGUAAACAACAGCAGUAGUGGCCCAAAUGAGAUUGCGAAUUUUGGGCGUGGAGAUGUGCUGCCACCAGUUCCAGGCCAAGGGGAUAAAACGGCAACAAUGCUCUCAGAUGGAGCCAUUUAUAGCAGCAUUGACUUCACGACCAAAACCACUUACAACAGUUCCAGCCAAAUAACACAGGCUACUCCAUAUGCCACUACACAGAUAUUGCAUUCCAACAGCAUACAUGAACUGGCUGUCGAUCUGCCUGAUCCACAGUGGAAAAGCCCAAUUCAGCAAAAAACAGAUCUGAUGGGAUUUGGUUAUUCUCUACCUGAUCAGAACAAAGGUAACAAUGGUGGGAAAGGUGGAAAAAAGAAGAAAAAUAAAAACUCUUCUAAAGCACAGAAAAACAAUGGAUCAACCUGGGCCAGUGUUCCGCUACCUCCUCCCCCAGUCCAGCCCCUUCCUGGUACAGAGCUGGAACACUAUGCAGUGGAACUGCAAGAAAAUGGCUAUGACAGUGAUAGCUGGUGCCCACCAUUACCAGUACAAACUUAUUUACACCAGGGUAUGGAAGAUGAACUUGAAGAAGAUGAUGAUCGUGUCCCAACACCUCCUGUCCGAGGCGUGGCUUCUUCCCCUGCUAUUUCCUUUGGACAGCAGUCCACUGCAACUCUAACUCCCUCCCCACGGGAAGAGAUGCAGCCCAUGCUGCAGGCUCACCUGGAUGAGUUGACAAGGGCCUAUCAGUUUGACAUAGCAAAGCAAACAUGGCAUGUUCAAAGCAAUAAUCAACCUCCGCAGCCCCCGGUUCCACCAUUAGGUUACAUGUCCGGAGCUUUGAUUUCCGAUUUGGAAACAGAUGUUCCAGAUGAUGAUGCUGAUGAUGAAGAGGAAGCUUUAGAAAUCCCCAGGCCCCUGAGAGCACUAGAACAGACGCCCGGAUCCAGUACGGACAAUCUAGACAGCUCUGUGACAGGUUCAAUGGUAAAUGGAUGGGGCUCUGCAUCUGAUGAGGACCGUAACUUUUCUAGUCAUAGAUCUAGUGUAGGUAGCUCAUCAGAUGGCUCCAUCUUUGCCAGCGGCAGUUUUGCACAAGCACUGGUGGCAGCAGCAGAUAAAGCUGGUUUUAGGCUGGAUGGAACCAGCCUUACAAGAACAGGCAAAGCCUUUACCUCCUCUCAAAGACCUCGACCAACCAGCCCAUUUUCUACUGACAGUAACACCAGUGCAGCCAUGAGUCAAAGUCAGAGGCCUCGGCCCACUAAAAAACACAAGGGAGGGCGAGUGGACCCACAACCAGCAUUGCCUCACCGAAGGGAAGGAAUGACAGAUGAUCUUCCACCACCACCAGAUCCCCCUCCCGGUCAGGGUUUAAGGCAGCAAAUAGGCCCGAGCCAGCAUGCUGGUAACGUGGAAAACUCAACAGAGAGAAAAGGAAGCUCUCUGGACAGACAGCAAGCAUCCAACUUAGAAGACACAAAGAUCUCUUUGGAUUGUCCAGCUAAAACAUCCCUAGAGUGGCAGCGACAAACCCAGGAAUGGAUAAACUCCACAGAACGCCAAGAAGACAUACGGAAAGCCCUCCACAAACAAGGUGUUGGACCAGAGGAGACCUUGGUGCCCUACAGCAAGCCCAGUUUCCCAUCUCCAGGGGGUCAUAGCUCAUCAGGAACGGCUUCUUCUAAGGGAUCCACUGGACCUAGGAAAGCCGAGGCAUUGAGGGGAAGCCACCAGCGCAAUGCCAGCGACCUUCUUGACAUAGGAUAUAUGGGCUCAAAUAGUCAAGGACAGUUUACAGGUGAAUUAUAGUAACUGAGAGGAGACAUGCAAAGCUGCUCUGAAGGACCAUCAGGUCUGAACUCAUGGAAGUGAUGACACUAGACAGUGCAAUGAACAAUUUCUAUUUAUGUACUAUUAACAGAACUGUAAAUGCAAUGUAAAGACACACAGCCACACAUAUCCCACAGAUAUCUUACUCGUGUUCUUCUCUUAAGUACACCACCCACCUUAACUCUUUCUUGUCAGGAGUAUAUAAAAAAAGAAAGAAAACAAAGCUCGCCCUCCAGGAAGAAAAGGAUUUUCCUCUGUAUAUAAUUUCUUUCGUGCAUUGCUAUGCAAGCUCACUCUUUUUAGCUCUGUUCAUAUUAUUGUCUGUUCUUAUUGGUCUGUUGUACUAUAUGUGAAUUAAUAGGCUGUGGUGCCAUAUAUUAACUUUUAAUUGUGUAACUUUUAUGUUUAAAUUUUGCACUGCAAUUUUAUUUGGUGAUAAGCACAAAUCUCUACUCCUCGUGACAUGAAGAAAAAGACUGAAUGUGAAGGGAGUUUCUGUACUGUAAGCUAGGUUGGAUAAUGCUGGUUGUAACCAAUCACGUUAGGGGCUUUUCAGUUGGGGUGUAGAAAUAGGAAAGAUGCAAAGGAACAGUGGUGUUGGCGAAGUCUUCUUGGAACAUCAGGGACUGAGUCAAUAAAAAAAA